CGGCGCGUACCUCUCAAGCCUGGGGCAGCUAAUGACUGUCUGUGACGAGUUUGCGUAGCAGGAAUCAAGCAAGGAUUGUGGGCUUGUGCUCCGCCCACUUCCCCGCGAGCCCCGCCCUGCAUCCCCGCAGAAUCUCGCUCCUGCUUGCUCUGCCGCAGUUUGUUUCGAGACCGCGCGUUAUCUUUGCGGUGUCUACUGACCGGUCACUGCACACCCCCAGGCGCUUUACUUUGAAAACCUAACAAGACGGAAAGUUGACAUGGAGAAGAAUACAAACCAAAGGAAACUCCGAGUAUGUGUGGCAACCUGCAACAGAGCAGAUUACUCCAAGCUCGCCCCUAUUAUGUUCGGAAUCAAGGCAGAAUCAGAUUACUUUGAACUUAGUGUAGUGGUUAUUGGAUCACAUCUCAUCGAUGACUACGGCAAUACUUAUCGUAUGAUUGAACAAGAUGACUUUGACAUCCAAGCAAGGUUACAUACAAUUGUGAGAGGGGAAGAUGAAGCGGCUAUGGUGGAGUCAGUGGGCCUUGCUUUAGUGAAAUUGCCAGAUGUUUUAAAUCGGUUGAAACCAGACAUCAUCGUUGUCCAUGGAGACAGGUUUGAUGCCUUAGCAUUGGCAACAAGUGCUGCUCUUAUGAAUAUAAGAAUCCUUCACAUAGAAGGAGGUGAAGUCAGUGGAACAAUUGAUGACUCCAUCAGACAUGCCAUCACUAAACUGUCCCAUUACCAUGUGUGCUGCACCCGGAGUGCUGAACAGCACCUCAUCGCCAUGUGUGAGGACCAUGACCGCAUCCUCCUGGCUGGAUGUCCCUCUUAUGACAAGCUGCUUAAUCUGAAAAACAAGGACUACAUGGGUGUCAUCAAAGCUUGGCUCGGUGAUGAUGUGAAACCCGAGGAGUAUAUUGUAGCUCUGCAGCACCCAGUUACUACAGAUAUUAAACAUUCUGUCAAAAUGUUUGAGUUCACCUUAAAUGCUCUCAUUUCAUUCAACAAGAAAACAUUGGUUCUGUUCCCAAACAUUGAUGCAGGAAGUAAGGAAAUGGUGCGAGUGAUGAGAAAGAAGGGUGUGGAGCACCAUCCCAACUUCCGAGCCGUGAAACAUGUCCCAUUUGAACAGUUUAUCCAGUUAGUUGCACAUGCAGGAUGUAUGAUAGGGAACAGCAGCUGUGGGGUGCGCGAGGCAGGAGCUUUCGGAACCCCAGUCAUCAAUUUGGGAACGCGACAGACAGGAAGAGAAACCGGAGAAAAUGUGCUUCAUGUCCGUGAUGCAGAUACAGAGAAUAAAAUAAUUCAUGCUCUUCAGCUUCAGUUUGGAAAGCGAUAUCCUUGCUCAAAAAUUUAUGGAGACGGCAGUUCUGUUCCCAGAAUUGUAAAGUUUCUCAAAUCAAUCAGUUUGUCAGAACCUCUUCAAAAGAAGUUCUGCUUUCCUCCAGUGAAAGAAAAUAUUUCUCAAGAUAUUGAUCACAUUUUGGAAACACUGAGUGCUUUGGCUGUUGAUCUGGGAGGAACAAAUCUUAGAAUAGCCAUUGUCAGCAUGAAGGGGGAAAUUAUAAAAAAAUAUGUCCAACCCAAUCCUAAAACAUAUGAAGAUAGAAUUGAAUUGAUUCUCAAGAUGUGUGUUGAAGCAGCAUCUGAAGCAGUCACUCUGAACUGUAGAAUACUUGGUGUAGGUAUUUCCACUGGUGGACGAGUAAACCCGCAGGAAGGCUUGGUGCUUCAUUCUACCAAGUUAAUUCAGGAGUGGAGCUCGGUUGACCUGCGAACUCCUCUGUCAGAUACACUUCAUCUACCAGUAUGGGUUGAUAAUGACGGUAACUGUGCUGCGCUAGCUGAGAGAAAGUUUGGACAAGGCAAAGGAUUAGAAGAUUUUGUCACGGUUAUUACUGGUACAGGUAUUGGAGGAGGUGUGAUACAUCACAGUGAACUUGUAUAUGGCAGCUCCUUUUGUGCUGGUGAGCUGGGACAUAUCAUGGUAUCUUUUGAUGGACCAGAAUGCAUGUGUGGUAGCCAUGGCUGCAUAGAAGCAUAUGCAUCAGGAAUCGCCUUGCAAAGAGAGGCAAAGAAACUGCAUGAUGAGGAUCAGCUGUUAGUAGAAAAUAUGAUGCUGAAAAAUGAUGAGUGUGUCACAGCUGUUCAUCUUAUCCAAGCAGCAAAACUGGGAAACUCCAAAGCCAGCAAUAUUUUGAAGACAGCUGGAACAGCUCUUGGCAUUGGGAUUGUGAACAUCUUGCACACCAUCAACCCAUCGUUGGUGAUACUCUCGGGCGUGCUGGCAAACCAGUAUGUAAACGCAGUAAAAGAAGUGAUACACCAGAGAGGCUUGGCUUCAGUCCAGGAUGUCAAUGUGGUUGUAUCAAACUUGUCUGACCCUGCGCUCCUGGGAGCAGCGAGUAUGGUGCUGGACUAUACCACACGUAGGACCUACUAGACUGUAAAAGGCCUGUGUGAUUGGAACAAUUACACGGCCGCGGGCAAGACUAACACUGUGCCUAGAUGAAGCUGGAUUAUCUUUUUUAUAUAGACCACUUUCUUCUGUAGUUAUUUUCUCUAUUGCCUUAUACUAUAUGUAUAUCACCAAAGAAAAUUGGCCUCACUGGCUUUAUGUUGAGGCGAACAAUGGAAAGGAAUUUUAAUACAUAGAAAAACCUGAAGACCAGAUGCCCUCACCUGAAGAGUGGCAUCAGAUGACUCGUGUUUUAGCCCAUGAAGGGCGUUUGGACAUUUUGCUUUGUUUUGAUCUAGAAUAGGCACAUAUGAAAUUUUUAUUAUUAUAUUUUUUUUUAAAUCAGAAAAAGCACCACUCUUGUCUAUGACUGGUAUUGCAUCUUAGUACCAAUACUUCAAUAGGUCCAAGCUACAAUACCAGACACAGCCUGUGAACAGUAGUGGUGCAGUUUCUGGAGGAGAGAAAAGCAGUCCGUUUUUUCAUAUAUAUAUAUAUAUAUAUAUAUAUAUAUAUAUAUAUAUAUAUAUAUAAUGUUAAGAGACAACAAGAUAACAUUUUCACAAGUGUUUUCUCAAGGUUCACCAGAAUUUAAAUAAGUUUAGAUGUAUAUCAGUCAAACUUUCUGUAUGAUGCUGUAAAUAGAUGUCUGUAGUGAGUGUUUUCUGUUUCUAAAUGAAACAAUGUUCUAUCAUAAUAUUAUAAGCCAAACUUAUAUUGUACAUAAAGGUGUUUGAACACUAAAACCAUCGUAUUGUCAGACAAAAGUGCAGUAUGAAACGGGAUUGCCUAUUGUAGGAAUUCCUUAUUUUUAGCAUGUUGGAUCUGUUACUUUCAGAUCACUGCGGUAGGUGUAAUAAAUCUACAUGCAUUUUUGCAUGGUGUUUGGAAGAAUCCACUUACUAGCAUUUUGGAAUCUUUGGUGCCAGUUUUGGCAUGGAAUCUGUACCAGUAAGGGCUCAUGCGGAAAUUGUGCGCAGAGUUAUUCUAAGUGGAAUUCUGCUUGCAGCAGCUUCUCAUUGGUUUCAAUGGGAUUUCGCUGUUCUGUGCACACUUCUGAAGUUCCAUAGCAGAACUUCCUAAGUGGAUCCAGAUUCUGCCCAAAAAAUGAAUGACUCGAAUUUUUGCUGUGAAAUAAGUGCUGAUUCCUCAAGUGUGCAAGUGGAAUUUUGCUGGAACCCUAACUGUAAACCGGACUUAAACCACUUUACCUUGUAUGAACAUACUUAACAUUCAGAUAGCUGUUGGGAAGCUCCACAUCCUAUAAAUGGCUGUAACUGGUUUACAGUUGUCUAAGAUCCCAUGGAAAUCAUUGACUUGCUUAUUUUUAUUGGAAGGAUAUUUGAAGAAAUGUAACUGGGGGUGACCUAAUAUUUACCUUUUUAAUAUAGACUGACAUACCAUUCAAAAACUGGAUUUUUUUUUCCUCUUGUAAUUUAAUGUAACUAGUGUCCGAUUAAUAAUCUCCUGAAUGUUUAUAUUUAAUGUACAAAUGUUUAUUAAGGUUCUAAUAUAUUUAAAGGGGUACUCCUCCCCUAGACAUCUUAUCCCCUACCCAAAGGAUAGGGGAUAUGAUGCCUGAUCGUGGGGGUCCCGCCCCUGGGGACCCCGCAAUAUAGCAUGCGGCACCCACCUGUUUCUUGUCCGGAGGCACUGGAGGGUCACGGACUUCCGUUCCCGUGCUCGGGACCCAGACCCUCCAUCGCUUCCGGACAAGAAACAGGUGGGUGCCGCAUGCUAUAUUGCGGGGGUCCCCAGCGGCGGGAGCCCCGCGAUCAGACAUUUUAUCCCCUAUCCUUUGGAUAGGGGAUAAGAUGUCUAGGGGUGGAGUAUCCCUUUAAAGGCUAUGUACACUCUCUUGCAACCAUUUUUUCAUUUUUACAUCUACAAUAUAAAAUGAUGCAACUUAGUCUUGUAUAAAAAUAAAAUGCAGUUUUAUGUCUGUGGCUCCUAUGUAACCUGUGUGUCUCCAUUGUUACAGUCUUUAAAAAAGCCUGUGCAGCCAUAUUCUGCUAUCUGUGGCCUGUUUGGUAAUCUACUAAAUAUAUGUUGAUAAGGAUUAGGGCAUUGUUGGACUAGACAUAUCUUGUCUUUAGUCUGAAAUUGUUACAGCCAUUUGGAGGAUACAUGGAUGUAACAUGUAUACACAACACAGAGCAUUUUUUUUUUUUUUUUAAAGACUUUAUAAAGUUGAAUUGGGGCAAUAAAAAUUGGUUGCAAAGCUGUUGACUUGCACAUUACAUUGCUAACCCUUCUGGGGGGAGUUGUUAAACCUAAAGUAAAUAGCUUUGGUUGUAUUGUAUACGUCCAAUAUGCAUUACUCUUGUUUUUAUUACCAAAUGUUACCAUAAUGGCUUGAAUUUCCCAACAUUCCAGCUGCUUUCUAGUUUGUUUUUGUUUUUUAAUUUAAAUGUAGUUACAGUUUUUGUGACUUGGUGCAAUAUUUGCUGUAAAAUGUGGAACAUUCUAUCAAGACACAACAGUAGUAAAGACUGGGACGGUACAUUUGAAUGUUUUAUGAAAUGUUAUCUCCUGUACAUUUUCUCUUAUGAUACUGUACUGUGCCGUACUCACAGGUGAUGGCUAUUAUUUGAUAUUUAUUAUGUUAUUGUAUAAACAUCAUCAUUUAGUAACAUAAAAUGACAAUAAACAGACCAUUGAGAG